AUGCCAUUCCCCCUCUCUAUCUGCCAGCGGCAUCCUAGAUAUGUCGUCCUACUCGCCGUGCUCGUCUUUGGGACAUUCGUGUUUAUUUCUCCCAAUGAUACCUUCUCAUCUCACCUGGGCUCGUACCAGAUCAACCGCCUCGUCGACCUCGAUCUCCCAGACAGGGUCGCUCAUGCAGAGACGAUGUACGAGCGCACGCUUGAUCGUCGGCAAGAUAUGAUCAAGAAAUUUGGGCCCAAUCCCAGCCAGGUCGUCAUGUUCCCCCCGGAUCGUGAGCCGUGGCCUGCAUACACUGUUUGGGAUUUUUUCCCUCCAGCUUUCAACUGCCCCCAUGAAGUCGAGAGGAUUGGCGCCCUCGGAGACGGCGGCAAAUGGGUCUGCGGACUGUCGCGCUUGGUGGACAAACCAGACUGCGUUGUGUAUUCAUUCGGCCUUGACUGGGAGUCGUCGUUCGAAGCUGAGUUGCUCGAGCGAACACGACACUGCGAAGUCUGGGGCUACGACUACACUGCGCGGGGUUUCGGGCGCGCCGUGCGGUCGGGCCUGCGCCCGCGUACGCACUUUGCGCGUCUUGGAAUGGGUGCGUCGGAUUCGCACGGUCCAUCUGACGAGCCGAAGAUGUGGACGCUGCAGAGCCUGAUGAGGGAGAACGGGCACACACAUGUCGACCUCCUACACAUUGACAUUGAGGGCUGGGAGUUUGAGGCGCUUCGCGCGAUGGUGCGCGACGUUACAGUCCACGCUGCGGUCGAGGGCACCGAACGCGCGGUACUGCCGUUCGGGCAGCUCCUAAUUGAAAUGCACAUCUGGCACCAGCGAUUUGAUGAUUUCUUGGCAUUCUGGGAGUUGCUGGAGGGAGUGGGAUUGCGGCCGUUCCGGUCGGAGGUCAACUUGGUAUAUGCCAAUUACAACCGCCAGAGUGGGGUUGAGCUUGCAGAUUAUUCUUUUAUCAACAUUAGAGGCGACAAUACCUUUGUCUCCGACGGUCCCGCAAAGGGACUUCCUGCUGCUGGCGAUGCUGUUGUCGACUCAGAACGGGACGGACAGGCAGACGAGCCGGACGUCCGGAUGAUUCGACACGCGGCUGCUGCGGUAGACCCGUAG